AUGGCGCUGCAGCAGGAGCUGAGCGAGGCCUGGAUCCGGGAGCAGGCGGCGCUGCGGGGACUUGGCCCAGAACAGGUGGAGUCCCUCUCACUGCAGGGAACAUAUGAAGGGAAAAUCCACUCCCUUGGAGAUGCCUUCAAAAAUUUUAAAAGCUUGCAAUCAUUAGAUCUGUCCAGAAAUAUGAUUGUCAGUCUAGAGGGUAUUGAAUAUUUAUAUUUGUUACAAAAUCUGAAUUUAUAUUACAAUCAUAUCUCAUCCUUGCUGGAAGUGUCACGCCUCCAAACAUUACCAGUCCUCUCAGAGCUGGAUCUGCGCCUCAACCCCGUUACCAGAAAAGAAUCAGAUUAUAGACUGUUCACUGUCUACACGCUACAAGCCCUGGAAAAACUGGAUGACAGAAUAGUUAGGGAGAGUGAAAGAAAAGCUGCCCUACUGCAUUUUGGCCUCAAGAGAAAAGAGGAGAGUUUAUUUUCUGAAAAAGAAAGCGUAAGCUGUAGGGAGAAUACAAUGAAGAACUAUGCAGUAGAUAAAGGGACUUCUUCAGUACUUAGUUUGGAUAUUGAUAGCAGCAGAAAUCAAACUGAGUCAAGCCAAAAGCAGUUAACUCAUAAGCUUCUGUUAAAAUGCGAAGCAAAGGAUUCCUCAAUAAAUGCUUCAUCUACUUCUGCAGUACAGGCCAGCAGUUCAGCUAAAGAGAAUAAACAAUGCAGCAACACGCUGGGAACACAACUGGAAGAAGUGGCAGGAAAACAGUUGCUGAAUCACAGUCACUUGGAAGAUGAAUACAGAUCCCUUCCAUCACCACCACAAAUGCGUUCAUCCCUGCGCUCCCCAGACAAAAUAAGAGCCGGACUCACAAGAGGAGGAUUUCGGGUGACCUUUUCAGAAAACGAUUCCUUAGACUCCUCUCUUGAGAAAGACGUAAUAGGAAAACCUAAUAUUUAUUACCUUAACCAGGACAUUUCUUCAAGCAAGAAACUGCAUUUGAGUGACACCAACAAAACGAACCCAUACAAGUCACACAGAGAUACCAGUCUAGAUAAUUAUGACCACCUCUACCUUUCCUCCACGCCUCAGAACAAGGACUUUAAGAGACUUCAAAAAGAUAAGAGAAGUACAAAUUUCAGAGAUUACAGUGUAAGCCCUGCUUAUGAAAUGAAGACAACUUCACAGUCCGCUAGUAGUGAUCUACUGACACAGCAUACUGAGAUGGACAAUAGCACUCGAAGCCUCUUAAAACUCAGUUCAGAUCUGAACACCAAUACACACCUAACCAGUGACCCUGCUCUGUUAGCCACUCGUUUUUCUACACUAUCUACCAGCUUCAGUGAUUUAACAUCAAGGCAUCAACCUUUAUCAGCUGAAGCGUUGCUUGAGCAUUCACAGCCAGCAACAAUGAGAAAAACAUUCCCAUCUGCAAUGCCUAGGAAAGACAGCGAAUCUGCAGCUAACAGGUGCUUGAGCCCUUCUAGAAUGGGGUAUAAACAAAGUGACAGACUGCAUUCAUCACUGUCCCCUCAGCAUUGUUUUAAAGAGUCAAAUAAGGAGUCUGUCCCCAAUGAUCUGAGCAAUGAUACGAGUUUCACAGAAAGUCAAAGUCCCAAAAGGACUGAGAAAGCAUCACAUAUUGCUGUUGUCCUACAGCAGCUCCUGGAGCUGGUAGAUCGUUACUGGGAUGGAGCUGGGUCCCUCCUCCUCAACAAGAAUUUUCUUGCUCCAGCCCAAGAUUUGCUUUUGUAUCUUAUGGCCUCUACCCCUCCACAGAAGGAUGUUCACCUACCAGGUGGGGAUAGCCCAUCAGUCUUAGCUGGAAAUGCUCCCAGACUUCAGAGGACCCAGCAGCAGCAAGCCAAGGGGCAGGAGGAGAGCCAUGGGUCAUCUUCCCAGUUACAGGAAGUGGACUACACUGCUGCUUCUAAUUAUUGCUUCAGUGGGACUCACUCACUCACUUACGAUGAGUUGCUACAUAAGAACGAGCAGCUGAGCGUCCAAGUAGAGUACUUAACUCUGGAAUUAAAACAACAUAAGAAACUGCAGGAGACUGUGCAUCUUCUGCAGGAGAGUCAGAGGUCUUUAGUGUCCACAAACAACUUCCUGCUGCAACAGCUGAAUAAAGAGCACAAUCCUAAUUCAGUAAAAACAACGCUUUCUUCUGAGAAAUUCACCAUUCGUGAGAGAUCGCCUCCCUUAGAAAGAACUCCUCCUGUAUCAGCACAUGGCUAUAGUCAGUAUGGUAAUGCAGAGCAAUUAAGCAAUUCUCCUCUCUAA